AUGCGGCGAGAGCUAUUCUUGCGCAUCGUUAACGGGUUGUCGGUGUGUUACCCGAACUUCCAACAGCAUUGGGAUGCCACCGGAAAGCCUGGGUUGUCACCUCUGCAGAAGUGCAUGACUGCAAUUAGGCAGUUGGCAUACGGAGGUUGCGCCGACAUGUUCGACGAAUAUCUUCACGUCGCCGACACAACUGGUCGUGAUUGUCUGAAGAAGUUUUGUAAAGGCGUGAUUGAGACUUUCGGCCCCACCUAUCUGCGGAAGCCGACCGCACAAGAUUGUCAGUUCCUGCUUGAUUUGCACUGGAGGGUGCACGGCUUCCCGGCCGUUGCCGAUCAGCGCCUAUUGAUUUGGCAUGCCUACUUCGGUGUGGCCGGGUCGAACAAUGACCUUAAUGUUCUGCAAUCCUCGCCUCUGUUCAACGACCAGUGCUAG